CGUCACGAGUGCUAUAAAACUCAGCAAUAGCUUUAAACUCUUCUUGCUGGAUCAGAGGCUUUAAAAUCUUUUUUUUUCAUCUUCGAGCUGUAUAGCUCCGGCUGCUCGUCUGCGCGGUCUCCCCCCUUUUGCUCUGCGCCUCGCCUUUUCCCCAGGACUUCGCUAUUUCGCUUUAAAAGAAAAAAAAAAGCAAGAAAGAACUCAACUCCCCCCCCCCCCCACCUUUCCUCCAGCCCGGCUGCACCUCUGUCUUGCACUUUGCACGGAGGGAGGAAGAGCGCGAGGUUGAGCGAGAGGAGAGAAAAAAGAAAAAUUUUUUUUUUUAAUUAAAAAAGAGCCAGGCAGAAGAGGAGGCGAGAAGCAUGAAGUGUUAACUCCCCGGUGCCAAGGCCUGCGCCGCCCGGACAGCCGCCCGCCGCGCCUGCAGCCCCGAACGGCAGCCGCGCGCGCCCCGCCUGCAGCCGGGGCCAGCAAGCCGAGCCGAGCCCUCCUUAUGCAAAGCGCGCAGCGGAGCGGCGAGCGGGGGACGCCGCGCACCCAGCCGGGCUCCUCCGGCUUCGCCGCCGCCGCCGCCACCGCCACCGCAGCCCGCGGAGGACCUUCCCGAGCCUGAAGCCGCCGACUCGGCGCGCUAGGAGGCGAGCAGGCGAGGAGGGGCCGGGGCGAGCGAGCGAGCACAUUGGCGUGAGCCGGGGCGGGGGGGAGGGAGGGCGGGCGCGGGGGGCGCGGGCAGGGCGGCGGGGGUGUGUGUGUGUGUGUGUGCGCGCUCGGAGGUUUCGGGCCAGCCACCGCCGCGCAAGCUAGAAGCGCCCCAGCCCGGCAAGCUGGCUCACCCGCUGGCCACCCAGCACAGCCCGCUGGCCCCUCUCCUGCAGCCCAUCUGGCGGAGCGGCGGCGGCGGCGGCGGCGGCGGCGGCGGCGGCGGCGGCAGGAGAAUGGCAUCGGAACUGGCAAUGAGCAACUCCGACCUGCCCACCAGUCCCCUGGCCAUGGAAUAUGUUAAUGACUUCGAUCUGAUGAAGUUUGAAGUGAAAAAGGAGCCGGUGGAGACCGACCGCAUCAUCAGCCAGUGCGGCCGUCUCAUCGCCGGGGGCUCACUGUCCUCCACCCCCAUGAGCACGCCGUGCAGCUCGGUGCCCCCUUCGCCCAGCUUCUCGGCGCCCAGCCCGGGCUCAGGCAGCGAGCAGAAGGCGCACCUGGAAGACUACUACUGGAUGACCGGCUACCCGCAGCAGCUGAACCCCGAGGCGCUGGGCUUCAGCCCCGAGGACGCGGUCGAGGCGCUCAUCAGCAACAGCCACCAGCUCCAGGGCGGCUUCGAUGGCUACGCGCGCGGGGCGCAGCAGCUGGCCUCGGCGGCCGGGGCCGGCGCCGGCGCCUCCCUGGGCGGCAGCGGCGAGGAGAUGGGCCCCGCCGCCGCCGUGGUGUCCGCCGUGAUCGCCGCGGCCGCCGCGCAGAGCGGCGCGGCGCCGCAUUACCACCACCACCACCACCACCACCACGCCGCCGGCCACCACCACCCCCCGACGGCCGGCGCGCCGGGCGCCGCGGGCAGCGCGUCCGCCUCGGCCGCGGGCGCGGGCGGCUCGGGCGGCGGCGCGGGCGGCCCGGCCAGCGCCGGGGGCGGCGGCGGCGGCGGCGGCGGCGGCGGCGGCGGCGCGGCGGGGGCGGGGGGCGCCCUGCACCCUCACCACGCCGCGGCCGGCGGCCUGCACUUCGACGACCGCUUCUCCGACGAGCAGCUGGUGACCAUGUCGGUGCGCGAGCUGAACCGGCAGCUGCGCGGGGUCAGCAAGGAGGAGGUGAUCCGGCUGAAGCAGAAAAGGCGGACCCUGAAAAACCGCGGCUACGCGCAGUCCUGCCGCUUCAAGAGGGUUCAGCAGAGGCACGUCCUGGAGUCCGAGAAGAACCAGCUGCUGCAGCAGGUCGACCACCUCAAGCAGGAGGUCUCCAGGCUGGUGCGCGAGAGGGACGCGUACAAGGAGAAGUACGAGAAGCUGGUGAGCAGCGGCUUCCGGGAGAACGGCUCGAGCAGCGACAGCCCGUCCUCUCCCGAGUUUUUCAUGUACCCAAGGGAAUCCUCUACAUCAGUGAUGUGAGAAAUCCUGUUGCCCGAAGUCAAAGAGAUGUUCCUGACAUUCUCUCAGACCCACCCGGAUGCAUCCGAGCCUUAACAGAGCCGCCCUGGGGCAGGGCAGGUGGGGCACACACAGGGGAGAGGCCUGUUUGUAGCUUUCCCGUCACCCGUGGGAGAUUCCUGAUGGAAAUCGUAUAAACAGCUCUGCCCCAGGUUCUAAGUACCCAUCAGUUUUUCUUUCUUCCUAAUCUUACAGUUAGCUGGGUGGAAAAUGUUUUAUCCUGACUGUACCAAUGUGAAUUCAAACCAACGCAAGGGAGGCUUUACUCUGUUACGAGCUGGGAUGUAAACAAAAACACAGUAAAAGGACUCCGGAAUCUCGUUUCUAUUUUGUAUAACGUGUCCUCCCACAUCGCUGCCCGUGAUCACCCAGAAAUAAAAUGCAAGCAUGGAUGCCUGAUGCCCAGUGUCCAUGUGGGUUCCUGAGCACAGCUGUUUAAUUCAGACAUAGCAUUACAGAUGCUGUAACCGUUAUUUCCCUCGCAGAGUCCAUCAACAUCUUUUAACAGAAAUGGUGGAUCAGGUGUUCUCAGGCAAAGGCUGUAUGAAAAACACAGAACGUAAGUUUUCACUUCUCAGCGCCUGUGUUUGAAAAGCCCGCGUGAGAACAGUGGCUGGUCUGGACUCUGGCUUCACUGCAGACCCCUCAGGGCCUCUCAGGACUCCGCUUUCAGAGUAAGUGCCCCGCCACGGAGGACAGCAAAGAGUAGGGUGCAGUCUGGCGUGCAGAUGUGGACAGCGGACCAACCCCUCAGAGAUGCUAGGAGCGUGUCUUCAGCAAAUGACAUCACUGCGUGUGCUGGCACUGAGAAAGGAAGGGAAAAUAACUGUUUAAACUGUUUCCUACCGGGGCUUACCUUAUCAAAUUGUGUGUUGUUGUUGUUUGUUUAGAUAGCCACCCCCCAUCCUCCUUCCCCCACAAGGCUGCCUAACGUCCUUCUGUGGACACUGGCCCCACUAGUGAGCAGGUUUAAUCAAUCAGUUAUAGCACAGCAAGUACAGGGCAACCAGCUUAAUGAAGUCCCAUUAUUUUCAGUGAUCCUUAGGAUGCUAUUGAAGGGGCUAUCUUAAAGAGACAUUAUGUAUUUGGUGGGGGCAGGCGUGGUGUUGGGGGGGAGAAGGAUUUUUGCACAGGAGUAUAGCACUCGUUCUUUAAAACAAAACGAUGCUUCUGUCAAGAGCUUUCCUUCUAAAAGCACACAUUCAGUCACCUGCCAGAAUCUCAGAUUUAUUGCUCCCGUUCACAGAUGCCAAUGUUGAAACUCUCUUCGCCUCCAGCUUGCUGAGUCUUUCAUUUCCUCGAUCCAAAAAUCACUGUAAAGUUGUUGUUUAGUGUCUGCAUUUUUUGCUUUUCCUGGCACCUAAUGAAAUUAUCAGCAAUAAAUGAGCUAUGCAGAA